AUCCUCUUCUCCUCUUCACAAACAACACCAUCUCUCUCUUAAUUUUCCUCUGAAUCCACCGCCAAUGGCAACCUCCACCUUGUUCCUCACACCCACGGUCCAAAAGCACCGCCACAACCUCUCCCCGUUUCAAGGCCUUAGACCCAUCACCCAGGCCAAAACCUCCCUGCUCAAGUUCACCACCACCACCAACUCAAGGAGGAGCUUCGGCGUGAAAGCAGAGCUAAGCGCCCCACUAGUGAUCAGCCUGAGCACAGGACUGUCUCUGUUCCUGGGAAGAUUUGUGUUCUUCAACUUCCAGAGAGAGAACGUGGCAAAGCAAGGGUUGCCGGAGCAGAACGGAGUGACCCAUUUUGAGGCCGGAGAUGUGCGUGCCAAGGAGUAUGUUAGCCUCUUGAAAUCAAACGAUCCGGUUGGGUUCAAUAUCGUUGAUGUUCUUGCAUGGGGCUCGAUUGGCCACAUCGUUGCUUACUAUAUCUUGGCCACCACCAGCAAUGGCUAUGAUCCUAAGUUCUUCUAGUUUCCUUCCUACUUUGUAUAUUUUUCUUCAUGUUCUGUUGAAGCUUCAAACCUUUCAAUGGCUUCUUUAUUAUUCAUUAUGAAUUAAUUAUUACUUAGUUAAAAAAAUAGUCACUGAAAUCAA